AUGGCUGAUCUGCAAGCACUACGGGAUGAGCUGCUAGGGCAGCUCUGCAGGCGGUGUGCCGGAUGUGACAAGCAUGAUGCCAACGGGGAGGGUGGCGGAACUCAGGAUGGUGGGUCUAAAUCGGUGAAGGAGCCGGUGCGUGUAAAGUCCCCGGAGGAAAUUGCCCGCGACUUCAUCAACGCGGAAACCGGGGGCUGGCAAGACCCCAAGGAGCUUGACGACGCCGAGCUGUUGAUCGGCUAUGGGAACGAGCCAGUGCAAGAGCCACUGCAAGGCAAAGAAGAUUCUAACCUGCUCCCUUCCCCACAUCUCCAGCCACUGCAAGGCAUGGCAGCGCCUAACCUGCUCCUUUCCCCCCAUCUCCGUUAUCCCCCUGCCUUACUCUCUGCCUGGCAGAGAAACUGCAAGGCACAAGAGCGCCUAACCUCCUCCUUUCCCCCCAUCUCCGUUAUCCCCCUGCCUUACUCUCUGCCUGGCAGAGACACUGCAGGGCAGCCACUGCAAGGCACGGCAGCGCCUAACCUGCUCCUUUCCCCCCAUCUCCGUUAUCCCCCUGCCUUACUCUCUGCCUGGCAGAGAAACUGCAAGGCACAAGAGCGCCUAACCUCCUCCUUUCCCCCCAUCUCCGUUAUCCCCCUGCCUUACUCUCUGCCUGGCAGAGACACUGCAGGGCAGCCACUGCAAGGCACGGCAGCGCCUAACCUGCUCCUUUCCCCGGCAUCUUCGUUAUCCCCCUGCCGUACUCUCUGCCUGGAAGAGCCACUGCAAGGCACAGAAGAUUCUAACCUGCUCCUUUCCCCACAUCUCCAGCCACUGCAAGGCACAGAAGAUUCUAACCUGCUUCUUUCCCCCCAUCUCCGUCUCGCCCCUGCCUUACUCUCUGCCUGGCAGAGCCACUGCAGGGCGUAUAAGUUGGAAUACCCGAUCUUGGAGAAGACCGCCGACGGGAAGUUGAGCAGCAAACCCGACUACAACAGGCCAUUGUACGAGGAGAAAGUCAAGUGGUGCCGGAAGUGGGUGGAGCAUGCCGUCACCAACCUUGGGGUCGGCUAUGAUGAAGACAGGGACGUGUUUGUGUUUGGCAACGGCAUCCUCAUUGAUGCGAGUGACUACGCGGCUGGAUUCAAGACGACGACUAUUGUUCUGCAGUAG